AUGAUCAUGAGAAGUUUUGAAGGCCGACGGCCUACCGUCCGCCUAACCCAGGGCAUAUACACUGGAAAGAUAGUCGAUGAUGAGGACUUUCCGCGUGAAAUAGAGGCCUUUCUUGGCAUCCCCUACGCGGAGGCCCAACGCCUCCAACGCGCAUCGCACCCGCCGGCAUCCUCGGAGACCUUUGACGCUUCCGAAUACGGCCCCGCCUGUCCAACGGCAGACCCUUCUGUCCCUUCUCGUGAGGCUUGUCUAAGCACAAACGUCUUUCGGCCCUACUCAGAAGGUUCGGGAGAGAUCACGAAGAAGGUCCCGGUGUUGGUCUAUGUCCACGGCGGGGCCUUCAACUUUGGACGAGGAGCAGACAGGAAUCUCGGUGCUUUCGUGGCCUUCGCCAAGAAGGACAUCGUCGCUGUGAGCUUCAACUACCGUCUUGGACCGCUUGGCUUUCUGCCGUGUGGCAUCGCAGCGAACGAGGGCAUCUCCAAUCUGGGGCUCCAUGAUCAGAGGUCCCUCCUGGAUUGGGUCCACCAGAACAUCGCUCAGUUCGGGGGCGACGCAGAAGAUGUCACGGUGAUGGGCUUCAGUGCCGGCGCACAUUCACUUGGCCAUCACCUCCUCUCGACACCCUCGCGUAAGCUCUUCCGCCGCGCGAUUAUGGAAUCAGGCGCGGCAACAGCCCGCUCCGUUCUCGCAGCAACGCAUCCUCGCCACGAAGCCCAGUUUGCGCAAUUUCUGUCAUACGCCUCCCUCUCUCAUCUCCCAAAAGACCAAAUCCUCCCCGCCCUCCGCUCCCUACCGCUGCCAAAGCUCCUCCAAGCUUCAGUGGCCGUUUGGACGGAAAACGCGCCGUCGGUCCAAUGGCCCUUUCAGCCAUCCAUCGACGGCAACGUAGACACCGAGACCGCAAUCAUCCCAGGCAUGCCCAUCCGUACAUGGGCGACACUGUCUCCGGACCUUCCCUCGCCUCCACCUCUCAUUACAGGCUUCAACUCCUCCGAAGGCACAACCUUCGUCCCGGCGUCCGCAUCGUCUCCCACCUCCCUGAAAGACUUCUUCGCCGCCCUGAUACCCUCCUUGACGCACUCCGACUUGGAGACACUGGACUCCCUCUACCCUCCCGCCUCAAGCUACCCACCCCCGCCAACGCCCGGCCACGGCGCCCAGUUCCGCCGCCUGGCGCACGCAUACGGCCACUACGGCUAUAUUGCGCCGCUGAUCCAUUCAGCCCACUUUGCGUCCCGCAAGGGCGGGCCGGUGUGGGUGUAUGAAUACGCCGCGCACGCGGACCUCGGCGCCGCGAACCACGGAGACCACGUCCCCGCCGCCACUCGCGACAGUGACAUACUCUCGCCGCACCGGACGCCCGGGUUGUGGGCCACGAGCGAGGCCAUGCACGGAUUCUGGUCGUCUUUCGUCACCAGCAAGGAUUCCGAGGAAGGGCCCAACGAAUUGGUCAACUCGAGCGGUAUCACCUGGCCGAGGUUUGUGUCCCCGUUCGGUGAUUCACCGGGAGGCGCGGACGAUCACGUUCCCAAGGAUGAUGAAGAUGAGGUGAGAGGGAAGAUUGUCGUCUUUGGGGAGGGGAAUGAUGAGUUCAUGGGCCGUCGUGGGCAGCGAAGGCAUGGUACUGUCGCACGGGUGAGGGCGUUGACAGAGGCGGAAGUGCGGCAAUUCCGAUUCUGGUGGGAUCGUGUUGGGUUGAGCGAGGGCAUGGGGCUUGCCGGUGAGGACGGGACAUGA